AUGCAACCUAAUGGCGAGACAAAUGGCAGCACGACCAACGGCACAGUCACGAAUGGUGCUGCAAGCAAUGGCAUUGCAGACAGCAUUACAGCACCACUGAAGAAGGUCUUCGCGCCACAGCCCAACGCUCAAGACGACCGUCUACACAGUAUUGAGGCACAACUAUCGAAAAUCACCUCGCUGCUAGAAAAGCGUGAGCCCAAAGAGGAGCCUGCUGCUGUCGCGUCCCAUGUCAACGGCACAGCCAACGGCACUGUCGUGGAAAGCACGACAGUCAACGGUCAUGCAGCUCUCCCAGAAUCGAACUCACGGCGUGUGGUCAUCAUAGGUGCUGGCAUUGUAGGCACCAAUCUGGCCGACGAGCUAGCCUCGCGCGGCUGGAAAGAUGUUACCGUUGUGGAGCAAGGUCCUCUAUCAAUGCCAGGUGGAUCUACCUCACAUGCACCAGGAUUAGUGUAUCAGACGAAUCCUUCCAAGACCAUGGCUAAGUUCGCCACAUAUACUGUCGAGAAAAUGUUGUCGUUAGAAAAGGACGGCCAGAGCUGUUUCAACCAGGUCGGCGGUCUAGAAGUAGCGACUACUCAAGCGCGUCUCGAAGAACUGAAGCGCAAGCAUGGCUGGGCCUCUUCUUGGGGCAUUGAAUCACAUCUGAUAAGUGCCGAAGAAUGCUUGAAGCUUCAUCCAGAAUUGAACAAGGACUUGGUACUUGGCGGCAUACACAUACCAAGUGACGGAUUGGCACUGGCUGCGCGGGCGACACAAUUAUUGAUCGAACGCUCACGUAAUGCUGGCGUCAAAUACGUUGACAAGACAGCCGUUACAGGGAUUGAGAAGGCUGACGGUCACGUCACAGGCGUCAAGACCGACAACGGCUUCAUACCUGCCGAUAUUGUGGUUUCUUGUGCUGGCUUCUGGGGCGUCGAGAUUGGUGCUAUGGUGGGCUUACCCGUUCCAUUGCUGCCUCUGGCGCAUCAAUACGUAAAAACGACGAGCAUUCCUGGCCGUGCUGAACGCAACGCUCAACCGAAUGGAGCCAGCCUACCAAUUCUGCGUUAUCAGGACCAGGAUCUCUACUACCGUGAACACGGAGACCAGAUCGGUAUUGGGUACUAUGGCCACAAACCUCUGCCAGUCGUCGCUGCCUCUCUAGGCAGGACUCCGGAAGAGGUCCAUGAGAAGAUGAUGCCAUCACGUCUUGAGUUCACACGGGAGGACUUUGAACCGGCUUGGACCCUGUCUAAAGAAUUCCUACCUGCCCUCCAACAGACUGAAAUUGCUGACGGUUUCAAUGGAAUUUUCUCUUUCACUCCUGAUGGUGGGUCACUUGUUGGCCAACAUCCUACCCUCGAUGGUUUCUGGGUGGCCGAGGCAGUCUGGGUGACACACUCUGCCGGUGUAGCACGAGCUGUCGCUCAAGUCCUGACCACGGGACAUUCCGACGUUGACCUGGCUGAUUGUGAAUUAUCGCGCUUUGAGGAGGUUCAACUUACUCCAGAAUACGUGAUGGAGACUGCGUCACAAAACUUCGUCGAGGUAUACGACAUUAUUCACCCUCUACAACCUAAAGAAUCCCCACGCAAUCUACGUGUAAGUCCUUUCUAUCAGCGACACAAAGAGCUUGGAGCAUACUUCCUCGAGGCCGGCGCUUGGGAACGUCCAUAUUGGUUUGAAGCAAAUGCAGAUCUGGUCAAAGACCUGCCAGCAGAGUGGCAGCCAGUUGAACGAGAUGCAUGGUCGAGCCGAUUCUACUCACCUAUCGCAGCUGCAGAGGCAUGGAAGACACGGACUGCUGUCGCCAUGUACGACAUGACGCCACUGAGGCGACUUGAAGUGUCUGGUCCAGGUGCGGUUGACUUGCUGCAAAGGCUUUGCAGUGGUGAUGUCUCGAAGCUGCCAGGUCCAAAGACCGGUCCAGUCACAUACACAUUGAUGCUCAAUGAGGAUGGAGGCGUACGAAGCGAUAUCACAGUUGCCAGACUCACUGAAGAGCUGUUUCAAGUCGGUUGCAACGGACCCAUCGAUCUAGUAUACCUCAAACGUGAAGCACGAAAGCAGAUGCAGAAGACUCCAGCUUCCUGGGUUCACGUACGCGACAUUACAGGCGGCACAUGCUGCGUAGGCCUGUGGGGGCCACGAGCACGCGAUGUAAUUACAUCGAUAAGCCAAGACAACUUCUCUCCAAAAGGCAUGGGCUACUUCCGCUGCAAGAGAGCGAGCAUAUCGGGCGUUCCAGUCACAGCCAUGCGUCUAUCAUACGUCGGCGAGCUAGGCUGGGAAAUCUAUACCAGCGCCGAGUAUGGCCAGCGACUCUGGGACGCCCUCUGGAAGGCUGGUCAGAAGCACGGCAUCAUCGCGGCUGGCCGUGUGGCUUUCAAUGCACUUCGACUUGAGAAGGGAUAUCGAGCUUGGGGUACAGACAUGACUUCUGAGCAUGAUCCUUACGAGUCAGGUCUCGGAUUUGCCGUCAAAGCUGGCAAGAAGGACUAUAUAGGUCAAGCAGCACUCGAUGGCCGCAACAAUGACAAUGUGGCCAGACGACUGACUUGUCUGACUAUCGAUGACGGGAAGUCGGUAGUCCUUGGAAAAGAGCCUGUCUUCCACGAAGGCAAGGCUGUCGGAUACGUCACGAGUGCAGCUUUCGGCUACAGUAUCGGCAGACCACUAGCCUACGCAUGGCUGCCAAGCAAGUUCGCUGUGGGUGAUGCUAUGGAACUUGAAUAUUUCGGACAGAGGAUCAAGGCUACCGUUGCUGCUGAACCAUUGUUCGAUCCAAAGGGAGAACGGUUACGUGGAUGA